CUUUCUCCUCCCUUUUCUCUUCAGGAACGUUCGGGUCCAGUCCAAUUCGAAAAGGAUACCUCGGACCCCUUUGCGAUCGAUGCAUUCUUGGACGAUGCGAAACGAGGUACGAAGCGAUCAGGAAUCGAGACCGCCAGCUCUUCCCGUGCGAAGCGACAGAAGGACGAAGAUGACUGAACGCCGGCAUGAGCUUCGACGCAUCGCUUUCGGUGUUUUGGAGCUUUGCAUCAGCAAAAUGUCUCACGGCUCGAAUCGCUCUCGCCACACUGUUGCUAGCUAUAUCAAUCUAUUGCAUUUCCAACAUGACCUUUGCCCCAUUCAUUCGUUGUCUUGCAACGCUCGCAAUGCUUCCAAUGCGCUGGCUCCACGCGCGUAGCGCGGAUGGGUCUUCCUGCGAGCCCGCAAAACAGGCUUCUUUGUUUCUUUCCUCAAAAAGUGGAGUGGUGACGUUGCUUCGAGCGGGAAUGCUACGUGUUGCUCCUCAAAUGGAGAGGCGGCAGCCUUCUCAGACAGAGGGCAGGCGAUCCCUAAUGAGCUGCGAAUCGCGUGCAGCAUGGGCCGGUGGACUUGGCACUGAGUGCCCUCCGAAGUGCAUCUUGCACGCGCGCGGCCCUCCAGACGAACGUCAAGGUUAGCGUCGGCGGAUCUCAGCUUGGGCGCUCGCAAUGGCAAGGCCGUAGCGAAUCGUGUCGAGCACUGCGAGCACAUUCGCCAGUGCUGAUUCUAGGUCCGUGGUGCUGCGAAUGCGCAUGGCGUGGCCC